AUUCCAAGAAAGGUUGCAGCCAGUGCUUUGGGGCAUUGACUUUGUUCUGCCAACAUCAGCCGAAGCGCUUGGCAACUUCUUUUAUUUUUUAUUUUGUCAAUUGGGCGCUCUCGUAUAUAAAGAAGCCAAGGGACUGCUUUAUUGGCAACAGCAAAGAUUGCUUACGGGAUCAUAAGGUAAACUCUCUACUUUACCAAACAUUUGGUGAUUCAUUGAAACUUAGCACUUUAAGGGCAGAAAACCAAUGGCAACUCGUGGGAUUCUCUUGGCUUCACUUCUUCUUUCUUGUCUCAUACAAGCAUGUUAUGGAGCUGUUCUCUUCUCCUCUCUGAAAAACACCCUUCAAGUCACUACUUCAACCAAACAAGGAGUUCUGCAAGCUGGUGAAGACAGAAUAACAGUGACAUGGGGGCUGAACCAGAGCCUCCCAGCUGGGAGUGGCUCCGAUUACAAGACAAUCGAGGUUAAGCUAUGCUACGCCCCCAUCAGCCAGAAAGAUCGCUCGUGGAGGAAAACUGAAGACCUUCUAACCAAAGACAAGACUUGUCAGUUCAAGAUAGUUGAAAGGCCAUACAACAACUCACUCCAAACUUUAGACUCGAUCAUUGAGAAAGACGUGCCUACGGCCAAGUACUUCGUACGCGCCUAUGCUUUCAAUGCCGACGGUGAUGAAGUGGCAUAUGGUCAGAGCACUAACGAUGAAAAGACGACCAACCUCUUUGACGUCCGUGGAAUCUCAGGACGCCACGUGUCACUAGAUAUUGCGUCGGUCUGCUUCAGUGCUUUCUCGGUUUUGUCCUUGUUCUUUUUCUUCUUCAUGGAGAAGAGAAGGGGGAAAACGACCCAACACAAAUGAAGAGUAGUCAGAGGCCACGAAUCAUAAGUCAUGUAAAAGUAUUAUAGCUUGAAUUCUAUGUUUCUGCUAUUGUGCCUUAUAUUCACACUUACUUUUGUGGGUCUGGAGCUGAGUGGACUUGUCAGGAAAUGGGAAGGGUCUGAUGAGCUUUGUAGUUGGAUGGGGUUGGGAAAGUGGUGUAACUAAUUAUCAUCUUUGUUUGUUUCUUAAGAAAGUAGAAGUAAACUCUUUCUUGGAUAUAUAAAUGUUUAGUCAAGACUGUUACUUACAGAA